AUGAAACAUAAGAAAGUCUAUAUACAAAAGAAACUCUUGAAAUGUAAUGAAUGUGAGAAAGUUUUCAACCAGAGCUCAUCCCUUACUCUUCAUCAGAGAAUUCAUACUGGAGAGAAACCCUAUGCAUGUGUUGAAUGUGGGAAAACCUUCAGCCAGAGUGCAAACCUAGCUCAACAUAAGAGAAUACAUACUGGAGAGAAACCCUAUGAAUGUAAAGAAUGUAGGAAAGCCUUCAGCCAGAAUGCACACCUUGCUCAACAUCAGAGAGUUCAUACUGGAGAGAGACCUUAUCAAUGUAAAGAAUGUAAAAAAGCCUUCAGCCAGAUUGCACACCUGGCUCAACAUCAGAGAGUUCAUACUGGAGAGAGACCUUUUGAAUGUAUUGAAUGUGGAAAAGCCUUCAGUAAUGGUUCAUUUCUCGCUCAGCAUCAGAGAAUUCAUACAGGAGAAAAACCUUAUGUAUGUAAUGUGUGUGGGAAAGCCUUUAGCCAUCGUGGAUACCUAAUUGUACAUCAGAGAAUUCAUACUGGAGAGAGACCAUAUGAAUGUAAGGAAUGUAGGAAAGCUUUCAGCCAAUAUGCACACCUUUCUCAACAUCAGAGAGUUCAUACUGGAGAAAAACCUUAUGAAUGUAAAGUAUGCAGGAAAGCCUUCAGCCAGAUUGCAUACCUUGAUCAACAUCAGAGGGUUCAUACUGGAGAAAAACCCUAUGAGUGUAUUGAAUGUGGGAAGGCCUUUAGCAAUAGUUCAUCACUUGCACAACAUCAGAGAAGUCAUACUGGAGAAAAACCUUAUAUGUGCAAGGAAUGUAGGAAAACAUUUAGCCAGAAUGCAGGCCUUGCUCAACAUAAGCGAAUUCAUACUGGAGAGAAACCUUAUGAAUGUAAUAUUUGUGGGAAGGCCUUUAGCUAUAGUGGAUCUCUUACUCUACAUCAAAGAAUUCAUACAGGAGAGAGACCCUAUGAAUGUAAGGAUUGCAGGAAAUCUUUCAGGCAGCGUGCCCAUCUUGCCCAGCAUGAGAGAAUUCAUACUAUGGAAAAACCAUGCAACAAAGCGGGCGAGGUCCUCAGGCACAGAGAAUAUUUGAGCACCCAUAUUUAUAACAGCAUUAUUCACAGUGGCCAGAAGCCCUACAUCUGUAACGAGUGCGGCAAGAGCUUCAGCCAUUGGUCCAAGCUGACGCGGCACCAGCGCACGCACACGGGCGAGCGGCCCAACGCCUGCGCCGACUGCGGCAAGACCUUCUCGCAGAGCUCGCACCUCGUGCAGCACCGGCGCAUCCACACGGGCGAGAAGCCGUACGCCUGCUCCGAGUGCGGCAAGCGCUUCAGCUGGAGCUCCAACCUCAUGCAGCACCAGCGCAUCCACACGGGCGAGAAGCCCUACGCCUGCCCCGACUGCGGCCGCAGCUUCACGCAGAGCAAGAGUCUGGCCAAGCACCGGCGCUCGCACAGCGGCCUCAAGCCCUUCGUGUGCCCGCGCUGCGGCCGCGGCUUCAGCCAGCCCAAGAGCCUGGCGCGCCACCUGCGGCUGCACCCCGAGCUCUCGGGCCCCGGCGUGGCGGCCAAGGUGCUGGCGGCCAGUGUGCGCCGGGCCAAGGCGCCCGAGGAGGCGGCGGCGGCGGACGGCGAGAUCGCCAUCCCGGUGGGCGACGGCGAGGGCAUCAUCGUGGUGGGCGCGCCGGGCGAGGGGGCCGCGGCGGCCGCAGCCAUGGCGGGCGCGGGGGCCAAGGCGCCGGGGCCGCGCUCGCGGCGCGCCCCGGCCCCCAAGCCGUACGUGUGCGUGGAGUGCGGGAAGGGCUUCGGGCACGGGGCGGGGCUCCUGGCCCACCAGCGCGCCCAGCACGGGGACGGGUUCGGGGCGGCGGGGGGCGAGGAGCCGGCGCACAUCUGCGUGGAGUGCGGCGAGGGCUUCGUGCAGGGCGCCGCGCUGCGGAGACACAAGAAGGUGCACGCCGUGGGUGCGCCGUCGGUCUGCAGCCGCUGCGGACAGAGCUACUACCGGGCGGGCGGGGAGGACGACGACGACGACGACGACGACGACGAGGCGGCUGGCGGACGCUGCAGCGAGUGCCGCGGCGGGGAGGGCCGGUAGGGGCGGCGGCCCGGGGGGGCAGGGCCCCUCGGGCUUGGCGGGGACGAUGGCGCAGGACCCGGAGGCCGGAGAGAGACGGACAGAGGGCCCCACGGGCGGCGGAGGCCUCGUCUCCCUCCCCCGCCCCGCCCCGUCCCGCCCCGCCGGGUGGUCCGCGCUGUGGGGACGGGCGGCCCGGGGCGCUAGGGCCCUCCCGCCCCCGCCCUGCGCCUUGCAGCCUGCAGCCUGCCCCAGCCUGGCCUGCCCUUCUGGUUCUCGGCGAGCCCGGGAGAGACCGCGCGCGGGAACUGGAGACCGAGGGAGGACGGAGCCCACGACCGAAAGAGCGGCCCCUGGUCCCUCUUUCUCUUGCCCCGCCGCCCGGAAGGCCCCGCCCUUCCGCUUCACAAGGGCCGCACGGAGCGAAGGGAGGGGGUCCUUUUCCCCUUAGAGUUUUCUUUUGAUCACACCCGCCUCCCGACCACCCUUCCAUUAAUUUGUCUCUACUUCCCCGCGGGUCCUAUUCUUUUUCUUGGCCCUCGUCCCUCUCCCCUUCCUGGGUUUGGGGUCGUGGAGGAGUGCUGGAGCAGGACUAGGCCCUGUUCCCAGCAGACCCCGCAGAGAUGGGGUCCCGUCUAUUCCCUGGCCUGGACGCGGCUGAAGGAGGGGCGCGGGGGCAAUAAA